AUGUCAGUGAUUAUCCGAUUGCAAAAUCUUCCACUCACCGCUGGAGCAUCGGACGUUCGUGCCUUUUUCUCUGGUCUGAAAAUUCCUGAUGGCGCCGUGCACAUCGUCGGUGGAGCUGAAGGGGACGCUUUCAUAGGGUUCGCAUCAGAUGAAGAUGCAAGACAAGCAAUGCGUCGUGACAAAGGUCUAAUUCACCAAACAGAGGUUCGUGUCUGUUUAAAAUGUCAUGCAAACUGAAAAUGUGCAAAAAUUUAAAAUGCGAGUGUGGAAAAUAUUUCUUCAAAUGGGGCAUCAGAGGAUGAAUUUAAUAGUUUUCAUUGAAUACUCAACGCGAUCAUUUCGUGUACUUAUAACUCGGAGCACGACAUUAACUUGAAAUGUGGGAAAAAAAUACUUUCAUUUUAUUUAAAAAAAUGAAAUUUGAAGUAUUUGGGUAAAUAUUUUAAAACGGAAAAACACUUUUUGCUUUGCUUCUAAUACUUCUAAUACUCGAAAGCUAGAACAAAUAUAAUUUUAAAACACAAAAUUUAGCUGAAAUAUAAAUAGGAAAAUCGAACUAGCAAUAAAGGGCGUCGAGAUGUUUCAAAAUCUCCGACUAGCGUCAAAUGUGAAGCGUCAGUCUCCAAAGAAACUAUUCUCAGCGACACAAAAGCUCGUGGAUAACAAGUUCUCGUACAUUCCAACUGUAUGCUGCCGACAAAGUUGCCUACCAACCAAUUGUCGAUCGUUCUUCCGACAUAAAUUGAAUGUCUUUGGAAAAACAUAAAUAUCCUAGUGUUGGUUUCAAGACUGACCUAUGAUUUUGAAGUUCACUUUCUAUUGUCUGUAGCAUAAAAGCAAAACUCGGCUAUGUAAGGCAUAUUUCGACUUCUCAGCAUUUAAAAAAAGGUUUCGUUAAUAUGAAAAAGGUGUUGGGAAUUUCUACCGGUCCGUCGCAUCUGCAGUGAAAAGUUCUCGAUUGGUUUAUCAACUAGAAGGGCUUCAAAUAUUGUCACGAGAUGACACAUUUCUGGCUUUUGUUUUUCCAUAACAAUGGACAAUCAAACAUUUUUGAACUAAACCGAAAGAAAUAGAACUUCGGAAAUUCCAAGCUUUUCAAGGAUUGUUAUUCUUGACUUAUUCAUUCGGAAACUUUAUUUCAAAACUUUCAAAGCUCACAUAUCGAAACCUUUUCUCGAUUAUUCAUUUCCUGAUCCUGAAUUAAGAUCGAGUACAGACUUUUAGGAAAUUUUCUCUGAGAAAUUCCCACCGUUGGAGGCUACAGCUCCUUACUGUUUCUCAUGGUCGACAUUUCCGUGGGUUUUCCCAUGGGUAUCGGUUACAGUUCAUGCCGUCGCGUCCACCCUGAAUUAUCAUUUAAUCGAAGCACCCUUGCAAACUUCCUGCAGUAUCAAGUAGUGUCCUCAGCUGCAUAAACUACUCAUCGCUGUGGUUCUCGACCCCGUGUGAUAAAGUUCUGCGAAAGAACGACUAGCUAUAUUUUCAAUUUUCACAGCGACUUUUAAACUUCAAUUGCAGUAAAAAUACAUGCUUAUAUAAAUUUGAAAAAAAAAUCUUGUUCAGAAAAAAAAGAAAGAUACUAUCGAAGUUUGCGCGAGACGAAAGUUUCUUAUUUGAACGAGAAAUACAUUCUUACAAAAAUCAUUGAAAAAAUCGAAUGAAAAGUUCCUCGACACCUGGUUUCGUAGUUUACGGAGACGGGACGGUUUCUUAUCUCUUCCAACUCAUCUCUUGCUUCUGGAACUCCAGGGGAAUUCUCAACAGUUUUCAAACUGAACUUUUCGAAGAAUUUUGGGACGGAUGCUGACACCGUUUUUUUUCCUAGGUGGUAUUUAAAGAAAUUUUUCUGUUCAUGGAAUAGAAAAUAAUCUCUUUUACGCAUUUCUUUAUUCAGUUAGCAAGGAUGAAUACGUACGCAACGCGAAUAUUGGCGGGAAACUCAAGUUCAAACGCAAUUAUGGAAUAAAUGUAAUACCGCGUUCAAAGAUAAUUUGACGCGCGUAGAAAUACAGUUUUUCUGGUUCAAAAGCACGAGCCGGUUCGUAGCGAAACGCGGCUGAUUCCCACGACAUGAUUGGUUGGCCCCGCCCAGCUGGCAAGAAAAAAUAUAUGAGAAUUAGUUUAUAUUGGACAUUUACCAAAAAGGCGGGGCCGUCCAAUCACGCUGUGGGAACCUGCUUCGUUUCGGCUUGUGUCAUUGAACUAGAAAAAAACGUUUCCUCAGCGUGCGUCAAAUUAGCUUUGAACGCAGCAUAAAAAUUUUUUUUAUUGUUGUUUUCGCACUAUUAUUCAUUCAACUAAAAUUUUUCGAAACGGUAAAAAUCAAAUAAAUUAUCGAAAAAAAUGUCGAAAAUGAUAAAAACAGGAAAAAAAGGUUUCUCACGUUUGACCUCGAGUUCCCCGCCAAAAAAGCGCGUCGCGUUCGCAACCCUGCCAAUCUACCCAUCUCGCCUUCUAAGGCGGAGCUUGUUCACUAUAAAAAAAUUUUUCAAUCCACAAAGUUCAUUCAAAAAUAAAAAUUUCAUCAUUCUUGAAUUUUAACACCUGAAAAAUGACUAUUUCAAACUCUGAAACUUUCAAUAAUUUUCAGCUAAACUCAGAAAGAUUUUCACGCAGCAUUUUUUUUUAAAUUUUUCCAUCUAAUAUCGACGUUUUAAUAACAGUUCAUAAAAAAAAACAGGGAUAAAAAUUUUUUUCAUGGCUGAAAAAGCUGACUUCCCCUACAUUCAUCUGACUUUCUUCUCACCGAAGUUGUUUCUACGUCCCAAAAAACUACAAAUAAUUUAUUAAAUAUGGGGACUCUCCAUAUUCUUCGAAUGAGCUCAUGCUUAAGAGAUCUAAGCCUAACUUACUCAUUAGUUUUGUACAGGAAAAAGGCUCUGACAGAGAAAACGCAGAUCCAGGCCUUUUCUUUGAUUUUCGAGGACCUAGAAGCGUUACUCUUGCUGUGAAAUGUUCAGAUUCUGAAUUUCAAGCGGCCAACUCCGCUCCGUGGCUACAGUAUCUUUCGCGCGUGACGAUGAUCAAUUGAUAACUCUACAUCUUCUGGCUUGAAAUAAUCAAAAAAUGUAGCGUUUUUAAAGGAUCACUUUCGCUAGCAAUUGUAAAUCGCCGCGAAAACCACUGCUUUCGGAGGCGGAGUUAGCUUCUUGAUAUUCAACAUUUAAACAAACAAUACUCCAAUUUUCGCGAUUUGAAACUGCUGUUUAUCUCAGCGCACUCCUCAUCUCUCCGUGACCCUCUCGUGUUGACGUACUAUUUUCAUGUUUCUCUGACCUCGCCGGCGAGGGAACAGAGAGACACAGACGCUUGAAAAGUGUCAAGUCGCGGAGUAAGGGAAAAACCACUAAUUUUUAUUUAUUGCAAUAAUUAGUUAUUGCUGUUCAUCACUUGAUCAACUUGCUAUCAAUCAAAUAUUUUUCGAGUUGUGCGGCUCGCACAGUCUGUUCAGAUUUUUCUGCUGGACCGUUCAAAGAUGAUCCUUACUGGAUGGCACGCGUAAAUUCAUACGAAUUUCCAGAGAAAAAGGUCCUGUAGGGAAAGCGCCCCUCUUCUUUUGAACGAGCGGAUGAAAAGAAGAAGUAGAUGGCGCCUCCCCAUGUGCCUUUAAUAAGAAGCAACAGUAGUCAAUGAAGUGCAUUUUCUCUCAAAGGUUCACCGAAAGAAAAAAUAAUGACUGAGACACAAGCUGUUCGAAAGAAUGAAACUAACAAGAAGAGUGUUGUUGAAUCUAUUGAUAGAUUGCUGGUUCCUACUUGUGAUCGGACAUCAGCUCAACCUGCUUUUUCUUCUUCUUACUUCUGUACCGGGUCCUAUCCUGAUAUCAGUGAUAAUCAGUGAACUGGCUCUAGUGCCAUAUCCGUCCUUGUGUGUGGCAGCUGCGGAUAUGAAACCGUGGGUUUCCACUACCAGCGUUCUGAACCCCUGCGUUGGAUCGCGGCGGUAAUUGAACUUGCGACCUUUGGCGCCGUAGACAGGCACACAAUCUGUUGCGCUACGGCACGCAGGGAUGUCAGCUCAACGUAAUAAGAUGAAAAAGCUUGGAGACGCAAUAAGUGGAAAUAUUUAUGUAAAUGAAAGAACGGUUCUGUACGCAGAAAAAAUUUGGUUAGUACAUGAAAAAAUAUAUUGGAGCUCACACCUCCUGCAUUUACUUUUUUUUUUGAGAAGAGUUUACGUAAAUCUCAGAGGAUCUACAAAGAGUCCGUUCAACUUUACUAGUUUAAUAAGAUAGACUUUAUAAUUUUCAAGUUGGCGGAUGCUUCAUUUUUUUUCCAAUGAUAAAGUGAGGAAUUUUACUAUUGGUAGUUUAAAAAAACCAGAAGACAAUGGCUCGAGAAAACUCCUUUAAGAACACUGGGGUUACAGUCCGUAGGAGGGAUGCACGAGACGAGGUUUUUCAUCUCGAGACGUGAUCGAGACGAAAAAAAACUAUCUCGAGACGAAGAAAUAUUUGGAAAAAAAAAUCUCUAGACGAGAUUGAGACUGUCUCGAGACGAGUUCGAGAAAAUUCGGAAUGAAAAAAAAAAUCCUAAUUUUUGUUUCGAAAACUUAAAAACGACCAAAAUUAAAAAUUGUGCGAAAAGUUUUCUUUAUUGAGAAAACUAGCGCAAAAUCUGAAACUGCCCUGUGGUUUUGAUCGCUUUCAUAUGUUCCGUUACGACCGGAACGUCAUGUAUGAUGCCUUAUUUUUAACUUUUAGCCCAAAAAAGAAAUUUUUUCAUCUCGAAAUGUCUCGAGACGAGACGAGAUCAAUUUUGGACCGAGACGAGUUCAAGACGAGAUUUCGUCUUGAACUCAAAUAAAAAAAAUGACAAUUGAAAACUCCAAAAAGGGGAAUAUAUACGUUUAAUCUUGAGUACAAAAAAGAAAAACUGUCUGAAUUUCGGUUUUAGGUGAGGCUCUACUUGUCUUCUCGAAGUGAGAUGGCGUCGAUUAUCGAGCAUGCCAAGUCUGCCGCCUUGAUUGAUAAAUUGGUGCAACCAUCCAUUUCGCACAUUCAGAGUGCGCUGUCCAAACCUGAACCAGGUGCUCUCUUCAGAAAAAGUGAAAUAACAUUUUCGAAAAAUACAGCAUCCAUUAAAAACGACUGGGACGACUCGUUGAACACCUCCAGUGAGCAGAUUUUUCCCCCAGUCAUUGGAAAUCAUGCGCCUUAUGUACCAACACCUAUUGACCAUGACAAGAUCAGUUAUGGAAGAGGACCUUCAGCUCCGGUGAGAAAUUCUUAAUUCGAAAGACUCAUUUUCUUAUUGAAGUCUUCGAUGCAGAUUCCGAAACAUGAGCGCAUGGAUCUUGACAACUCCAAGGAAAGCUAUCAUAAUUAUUCGGUAAAGAGAAUCUCAAUAAUUAAACGAAACCAAUCUUUGAAGAACUUUGGCGGUAAUGGACCGAAAAGCGGCAACGCCCCAGUUCCUUCGUUACAGUACUUUAGUGGUUCCACUGCACCCUCCAGAAAUGACGCCGCCGUUAAGUACGAUCAGUUCGCAGAGAAAAAUGUACGAGAAAACUUUAUAGCAGAGGCAUUCAUUACUUGAGUUUUAGGUAUCGCCUCUACCAGUAGCUGGAGCUGUGGGGGGUCCGAAGAGCAUUGCGGACAUCUUGGCUUCCAUUCCAAUGCACCUUAGGUCGCGUCCGACUCGAAAAACCUCCGUUGAAGAUACGAGUUCAGACCUCCUCACGGGAUUCCUCCGCCGCAUCUACGACACUUUUUCACCUCGCCUCCAAAAGAGUCGGUCGCCUCACAUCCGAUGGCUCCGCCCUCGCUUCCCGUGGAAACUGGCCGCGGGCAUACCAAUGGAAAAAACGACUUUUUACAGCGAUCAGAAAAAGAUUAUGAAAAGCCAAUUGAAAAAAGGCAAGAUUAUCUUUUGCCUCUUUUUACUCCUUGAAGUUCGCAAGCGUAAUGGCGGGUUCUCACAAGGAAGGUCAUUUUAAUUUGCGGUUGAGAUUUUAUUGAAAAUUGGCCAGAAUGUACCAAAAUUUUGAGAAGAUUUUGAGAAAGGACACCUCAAAGUCGACGAAAAUUCCAAAAAUAGGCUUGACCUUUGGGUUUUCAUUUCUCGAAAACUAGGUAGUUGUGCAAGUUGAGACUUUCCGAAUCUUUUUCUGGUAGCUCAACGAGUAUUCUGGUCAAAUUUCAGGAAAUUCCCAACCGCCAGUCAAAAUGACCUACCUUAUCAGUAAUUUUUAGCUACGCUUCAAAUUUUUAAGCAAUUUGAGCUUUCCUUAUAUUCAAGUGUUAAGCCGAAGUGACUUACUAGAUCGAAAAGUUGAAAAGAACCUUAUGUUUCCCGCUAAUUUCUGACCGUUACGCUUUUGAACAGCAAAUGCUGCAUGCGGAAAUGCAUUGUAACUUGUUGGUUAUAGUUGGACAAAGCCGUAUGAGCCAAUCAGGAAGCCGACUAUUCCGCCGCCAACGCGAAACGAAUCGUGGCGCGCGCCGGCGCAUGAACCGGAAAGGUUGGUACUGGUUCAGCUCCCAAAAAUAAAGUUUCAAAAAAGCAGAUCUUUCCAUGCGGAGCGUCGACAGGACGAACGAAAAGAAGAACACCGCGACCGUCGUCCUCUCGGCGACUCUAAGAACUUCAGAGGAGAACGAGUCAGAUCGCCUCCAAGGCGUUAUUCUCCGUCACGAGCUCUUAAAAAAGUUGGUUUUCUCUUUUCUUGCAGCUUUCUGCGCAUACGUCGGCUGGAUCCCACCUCGGAGUGCGGCUUUUUCUUACGGUAUAUUUUCAAAUUUUCUUUUCGCGCGCAAGAGACUGUGGGUGGGAUCUAGCCCAUUUUCAUGAUUUUUGCGUUUUUUUUAACGAUUUCAUGACUCUAUUUGGUUUGAAAUUUUUUUUCUGAGCUGAAUCUGGUUCAUUCCCAUCUUUAGAACAACUCUGAUUACCAACCAAACAGGGGUAAAACAAUUUGAGCCACUAAUGAAUCCCGCGCAGAAAGUACGGUAGCGCGCACAAAGUUGUUUUCAUGGCCAACUUGAGACGCUGGGGGGCGUGGCGUGUCUGCGCUCUCCAUCAACCAGACACUAUAUCUCUUUUAUUAUCGUGUCAAGACCCUUUUUUUUGAUGGCUCAAGGGAAAUCAGCUAUAGAUUUACGGGGAUUCCGCAUUCCACUACAGUGAUUCCUUUUGCAGAGUUCAUCUGAGCGCUACAACGAUCGACGUGUCCACCGUGAGCCGUCUCCCCCCAACUACCUAGAGCAUAAACCAACCACAAGAAGGUUCGGGAAAGAUUAAAUUGCAAACGAAAAUCAAGCAGAUACUGUAGAAGACUACAUAUUUCAAAGAGAUGUUGCAGUGCGACGGAAGAAGGUUUCAAAUAUGUGGAACUGUCGCGUUUGACAACGGAGAUGCUGCGACCGUCUGCCCUCGAGCAGUUCAUCAAGCCGCAGACUCCGCUCUCGCUCUCCUCCGUCAAAGUCGUCUACGGUCCGCAGGGCAUACACAUGCACACGCUCGUCCGCUUCGAGAACCGCAACGACGCAGAUGCGUUGUUGGCGCGAGAUGGCGAGAUGGGGAUCAAGUGAGGUUCUGAGACUGACUCUUCAUCUUCUCUAUUUAUAGAAUUCGAAAGACUGACGCCAAAGAGUUCGACUCUGCAAUCGAUGGACUACCUCCGGCAGUGAUUGCGGUGAUUAUCUUGUUUUUUUUUUUCAGUUAUGGUAGUUUGAGUAUGUGGUGAAAUUUCGAUCCCCUACCUCUAAGUCUGAGAUUUACCUGGAACUUGGAGUUGCUAAUGUGGAAAACUAAGUCUUCGUUUUCAAAUAAUGACGAGUUUUGUUGACUGCGACUUUUCCUCCGGAUACAUGAAAAAUAGAAGAAGUUUCUUGAAAAAUUCCAUGCGAAUUUUUUUUUAAAGAAAAAAAGAGUAUUUUUUCCUCCAGCUUGGAUCUCAAUGAGAAUCACAUUUUACUUUCAAGAUUAUUUGAAAAAUUUAUUUUUUUUAUCAUCAACUUUUUUUCUCUGAAAAAUUUUGCUAACGAACUCUCUUACUGCGACCGAGACAAAUUAUCCAUUUAUUGAAAAAGGAAGAAAGUUUUUUCUUGAGAAGUUGCUAUAGCUGAUUCACGACUGACUUGGGCCAUAAAAAAGGUUCUUGACACGAUAAGAAAAGUGAUAGGGCCUGGCUCGUGGAGAGCGCAGACAGGCCACGCCCCCUUAGCGUCCCAAACUAGCCGUGAGUCAGCUAUACCUUUUAUCAUCCCUUUGAUUGAAAUAUGAUAAGAAAAAUUAAACCCGAAUGAUUUUUAGCAGCCGUUUUUGGAAGUCGAUGUGAGCCGCUCUAACCGAGACAGCAAAGAGCGCGAAAUCAAAGAUCGGGACAGCAAAGAUCGGGAUGUUAAAGAAAGGGAUAAUAAGGAUAAGGACAGCAAAGAUCGCGACCGGCGUGAAAGUGUCAGUCCGAGAACCAGACGAGCCCGAAGAGUCCGCAGAGAUAAAAGGUACCUUUUUUUUUGUCAAGGUGAUGAAAAUAACAACGGUUUGCAGAUCAAGGUCGAAAUCUCCGGAGAGAAGAAGCAAGAGGAGAAGAACGCGAAGCCCUCCUCCGGUCAAGCCUCAGCAAGACCCCAACAGGUUUGUUGUCCGAAUUGGGACCUUCUGACGUCGUCUUUCAGAUGGUGUUUGCAAGUCCUGAAUGUCCCUUUCAAGUGCAAAGAUGAAGAGCUCAUGGAGUUUGUUUCCGAAAAGUCGAUACAAUAAGUUGAGAAUGGUUCAGAUGGCUAUCGGAACGUUCAAAACCUGUCAAGGUCACCAGGACCUUUUACAAUGAUGGAAAUGCGUCGGAUCGUUGGAUUGCCGAAUUCGAGAACGAAGAUGAGAUGAACCGAGCUGCUUCCAUCAGAACUCUGUGCAAAGGCCGAACUUUAAGGUUUCCACCAAUCCAAAUUUGUUUCUGAGUGGUUAUAUUUGAGAAUGUCGUUCAUCGAAAAUUCACUUGCCGACGAGCUGAUGAAAAUCAAAGAUACGUAUGGAGACCAACAGAAAGCCAAGUGGGAAAAAGAGCACGUGAGUCGUGGUUUUUUACUCAGAUUACUUCAUUCAUGGUAACUCAAGAGUUUCUCACUUCAUUUUUAAACAUUUUUAUCCAGUUGACGAACAAGAAAAGAAAAACCGAUUUAGCGUAUUUUACUGGGAAAAUUUUUAGUGGCCACUAUAGAGGCUCGUCAUGGAUUACUUGGAGAAGGCACUGAAGUGGCCACUAAGUUCACAUAGUGGCCACUAUUUUCCGUUUUAGUAGAGGUUCUCUAUUUAGUAGCCACUUUAGUAGUGUUUCAUCCAGUAUUCCUUCCAAUAACUCUGAUAAUUUUGAAACAAACGUAUUGGACCAGUUAUGUUUAUCCAUUGACCCCCAAAGUUUUAGUGGUUUUGUAGUAGCACUUAGACAUCUAUAGUGGCCACUAAUGUUUAACCCCUUGAGUGGACACUAAAAAUAUUCCCAGUGCUUUAACGACCGACAGGCACAGAAAAAUAAAGCGAUUCUAUUUUCACUGAAAGAAUAAUGUAACAUUUAGAUAUAGCUUGACAAUAAAAAUCUUAAGCAGGAUCUGGAGCAGUGAAAAAUUUUCAAAUUUCAAAAAGAGAACCGAUGUCCAUACUACAAUCAAAUUACAGGGACCUACUCCUUCAACAUCGACCGGACUCCCGAAACCAGGAGUUCCGAAUCGACCUCCUGGGCACUUUACUUCCAAUGGACCCAUCAGCCUUGCUGGAGCUUUUGGCCAUCCGAUGCCAGCCUCUGCAACAUUAGGCCUUCGACCGGCGAUCCCUCCUCUCUUUGGACCAACCAAUUUCCCGAGGAACAUGAAUGGACCUAUGAGAGGCGGCCCUCCAUUAGGCCUGUGGGGUCGUGGAGGUCCGAUGAGACCUUUUGGUGGUAAUCCGCAAGGCAUGCACUGGCCUCCGCCCCCGGACUUUAGCCGUGGCGGAUUCCGAGGUCGCGGUCGCGGACGAGGAGCUCCGUACAUGGCAAAUGGUAGUGUACUGAUCAUCUUGAGAUUCAAUUCUUUUUUUUUCCGUAGGACGCCACCCUCCACACAACAGCAACUCGCACGAGGAGACGGAAGGGAUCAAUGAGCUUUCGGAUCCGAAAACUGCUGAGCUUGUCGCCACUAUCGGAGCCAAAGGAGUAGUACUCGCGUGCCACGGCUUCCCCUCGGACAUCACUCUCGAAGAUAUCGUGGGUUUUGUUGAACUUAUUGGAAAAGUCCUAUAGUUCGUCCGCUCUCUUGUUCCCUCACCGGCAAGGUCGCAGAAACGCGAAAAUAGCGCGUCAAAAAGAGAGGGUCUUCGAGAGACGGGGAGGGCGCAGAGAAGUCUCGCAAACGGAUUAUAUACUUUACAAAGUCGAAAUAAUUUCUGAUUGAUCUUCUUGUAGAUGACUUUUUUCAACGGGUUCAACGCCGACGGCAACACCGUCAGGAUGAGAAUGGGUGAUGAUGGAAUUCCCACAGGCGAGUGCAUGCUUUCUGUCCGGGAUAAUGAGGUACAGUUAUAUUUUCUCAAACCAAAUGUUUCAUUAAACGAUUUUUAAGAGUGCGCAAAAAGCUGUCAAAUCUCUAAACGGGAGAAGUCUUCGCGGAAAAACAGUCUCGCUCUCUAUUGCCAACUGA